GUGUGUGUGUGUGUGUAUACGCUCAUCUCAGCCAGAUAAAGAGAAGUGAAAGUUGCAAAUUACAUGUGCAGCUUCUUGGCAACCCAAUCAGGUUUAGUUUCAGGAUGGAGUAGAUUUCAUAUUAACUGUGUCGUGUUUUGCUUGCUGCUCACUAAAAAAAAAGUUGUGUUAAUGUGAGAUGUGUGGUGCUUAAUCUGCUGUGUGUGUGUGUGUGUGGUUUUGUGCACGCAGAGGGAGUGAGAGCUCCACGCACAACUCAGGAAAGUCGUAGGCAAGUGUUAAUUAUCAUUCAAUGUUAUGCCAAUGCCAUCAUAAUUGACAUACUUUGCACAGAUUUCUGUCUUUGAAGGUGGAAAUCUGACACGUUUCCAUGAAGAAAUUCAACACAUUUGACAGUUGACCCUGUUUGACCUCAUGUGUAGUUACAGUGGCAGCACAUGCUCACACCCUUCUGCAGUUCACGCGUCGCCUCCUCCUCUGCAUUUCCUCAAUCCUACACUUUCACACUCACUUUGUGCACCGUGACCGACAGGACAACAGUAAAGCUCAGCUACAGUCCCGUGUCUUCUGGGAUGACGCUGUGAUGAGCCAGGAUGAGCGCCGAGCCCCUCUUGAAGGAGACGCUGAUCAAGCGUUCGCAGCAAAAGAGGAGGACAUCUCCGCUCAACUACAAGGAGAGGCUGUUUGUCCUCACCAAGAGCAGCCUGAGCUACUAUGACGGCAGGGCAGAGAAAAAGUAUUGCAGAGGCUCCAUCCAGCUGAGUCGCAUCAGGUGUGUGGAGAUCGUCAAAGAUGUUGGGGGGAUCAACCCCUGCCAUUAUAAAUACCCCUUCCAGGUGGUGCACGACACCAACACACUCUAUGUGUUCACACCGAGCCAGGAGAGCAGGACGUUAUGGAUUCAGCACAUUAAAGAGGUGUGUGUGUGUGUGUGCGCGCCCUCAGAGAUCCGAGACAACCAGGAGAUCCUGACCAAGUUCCACCCUCAGUUCUGGUGUGAGGGGGCGUGGCUCUGCUGCCGCCAGGAGGAGAAGCAGGCCCCUGGUUGCGAAGAGUACAACCUUUUCGGGGAUGCUUCCAGGAAGCCGCUACCCCCGAUUCCCGCAGAGGAAGGCAAAGAUGGGAGGUGCCAGCGGAUGCUUCCUCCCGAGGUGGAUGAGGAAGAUGGCGACGCUCUGGAGGAGAUCGUGGUGGCACUGUAUGACUUUGCGGGCAGCGAGCCGCACGACCUGCAGCUGGUCCAAGGAGGCGAGUAUGUGAUCGUGGAGCGCUGCGACCUCAACUGGUUCAAAGCACGCAACCAGCAAGGGGAGGAAGGCUACAUCCCGAGCAACUAUGUCACGGAGAAGAAAUCGGGAAACCUGGCGCGGUUUGGUUGGUACAGCAACCAUGUCAACAGGAACAAGGCGGAGGAGCUCCUGCGGAAGGAGGACAAAGAAGGCGCCUUCAUCGUCAGGGAGUCCAGCACUCAGGGAACGUACACGGUAUCGCUCUACACCAAGUCUGCGGCGGGGAAGGGAGGCGCCGCCAUUAAGCAUUACCGCAUCAGGGAGACCCGAGGCAUGCCGAAACAGUUUUACCUGGCGGGGAAACAUGUGUUUAACUCCAUUGCCGAACUCAUCAACUACCACCAACACAACGCAGCAGGUCUUGUCGCGAGGUUGAGGUAUCCCGUCGGCAAACAGGACAAGUCUGCCCCCUCCACGGCCGGCUUCAGCUACGAGAAGUGGGAGAUCAACCCCAGCGACCUAACCUUCAUGAAAGAGCUGGGCAGCGGUCAGAUGGGGGUGGUGCGACUCGGCAUGUGGAGGGCGCAACAUCAAGUGGCCAUUAAGGCCAUCAAGCGCGGCGCCAUGUACGAGGAGGACUUCAUUGAAGAGGCCAAACUCAUGAUGAAGUUGUCCCAUCCCAAGUUGGUGCAGUUGUACGGCGUGUGCAGCCAGCAGCGGCCCAUCUACAUCGUCACUGAGUUCAUGGAGCACGGCUGCCUGUUGGACUUCUUGCAGCGACGGCGCGGCACCUUCAGCCCGGCCUCGCUGCUCAGCAUCUGCUUAGACGUGUGUGAGGGCAUGCAGCACCUGGAGAGCAAUAGUUUCAUCCACAGAGAUCUGGUCUCUUCUCACACGGGAGCCAGGAACUGCCUGGUAAACGACUCCCUGAUGGUCAAGGUGUCUGACUUUGGCAUGGCCAGGUACGUUUUGGACGACCAGUACACCUCAUCAUCAGGAUCCAGGUUUCCAGUGAAGUGGUCGCCUCCUGAAGUCCUCAACUUCUGCAGACAUAGCAGCAAAUCUGAUGUCUGGUCCUACGGUGUGCUGAUAUGGGAGGCUUUCACCGAAGGCCGCAUGCCAUUCGAGCAGAGCAACAACCAUGAAGUCGUUACCCUGGUAACCACAGGUCACCGCCUCUCCAGGCCCAAACUAGCACCUGCUGCUGUCUAUGACAUCAUGCAGCUAUGCUGGCAGGAGAGACCUGAUGACCGUCCGUCCUUCUCUCAGCUCUGCUUGAUGAUCUCUGACGCCCUAGAGGUCGAUGCUGCACUCGCCAACUGACAGGCUAGUCCAGGGGUAGGGAACCUGUGGCUCUAGAGCCAGAUGUGGCUCUUUUGAUGACUGCAUCUGGCUCUCAUAUAAAUCCUAGCUGACUUUGCUUAACACGACAAGUAAUGAAUAAUUCCGCUGGUAAUCACAGUGUUAAAAAUAACCAUGUAUCAACCAGACUACAAAGCCAUCAGCAAAACCAUACAGCCCCAGAAGUCGCAUUAAUGGUAAGAAGUAUUUUAUUUAUUAUUGGUUACCUUCAGAAUAACUGUUAUUAAAAAGAAAAAGAGACUUAUUAUACCGUAUUUUUCGGAGUAUAAGUAGCUCCGGAGUAUAAGUCGCACCGGCCGAAAAUGCAUAAUAAAGAAGGAAAAAAACAUGUAUAAGUCGCAUUUUUGGGGGAAAUUUAUUUGAUAAAACCCAACACCAAGAAUAGACAUUUGAAAGGCAAUUUAAAAUAAUUAAAGAAUAGUGAACAACAGGCUGAAUAAGUGUACGUUAUAUGACGCAUAAAUAACCAACUGAGAACGUGCCUGGUAUGUUAACGUAACAUAUUAUGGUAAGAGUCAUUCAAAUAACUAUAACAUAUAGAACAUGCUAUACGUUUACCAAACAAUCUGUCACUCCUAAUCGCUAAAUCCCAUGAAAUCUUAUACGUCUAGUCUCUUACGUGAAUGAGCUAAAUAAUAUUUGAUAUUUUACGGUAAUGUGUUAAUAAUUUCACACAUAAGUCGCUCCUGAGUAUAAGUUGCACCCCCGGCCAAACUAUGAAAAAAACUGCGACUUAUAGUCCGAAAAAUACGGUACUCUAAAAAUUUUGGUCUUACUUAAAAAUGCACGCAUUUAGUUGUAUUCAGAGUUAAAGAAUAUUAUAUGGCUCUCUCAGCCAAAAAGGUUCCCGACCCCUGGGCUAGUCACUUCUGUCACAACAGUAACACUUAAAGACGCACAUUAGAUGUGAGGAUGCUAUGGUCCCAAAAUAGUUUAUUGGAAGUGUGUUGACCAAAAUGUUGCCUUAAUGCUAAAAUUUUGAUUAAAUUGGCUUUUAAUAAGUCUUAACUGGACCAUGCGGUUUGUAACUUUAACUUUUUGUUGUUUGUCUGCAUUCGCGACACAAGCAUAGCUAUGUGAGCUACAGUGCGAACAACACAGUCACAUUUUGGCAACAACAUCUUGCUAGAUUCGCCAGUUUGGUGAAGAAAAACAAAAUGGCCACACUUGCAGUUCCAUCGCUGCUGAGUGACGGAUAGAUAACACAUGAGUGGGCAUAUACAUGGGGCGGACUCAUUCAGCUAGGCGGUAUCAUGUCCAUGAGGAAGGACGUUUUCCCUUCAUGACGUUAUGAAAAGCUGCAACUUGAAAAGCGACUGCAUUUGAGCGCCUCUUCUCACAGAAGUGGAGCAAACAAGUGAGGGAGAUGAUAGAUUGUUCUCAUGUUUGGUACUAAUAAACACACUCUAGGGUAGGACUAUUCAGCUGGGGGCUCAGGGGCCAAAUCCAUGAAGACUUUCCGGCCAAACGACAGAAAUUAGGAAGUUUUUUUUUUAAUGGCGCUCACAAGUAUGGACGAAUAGACAAAGUAGGCUUCGUACAGGACCCCAGCAAGUUUGAAUUGUGCCACCGGUAUGACACAAAACUUUAAUCAAUCCAUCAACAUUUAUUUAUGUAGCCCUUAAUCACAAGUGCCUCAAAGGGCUUUACAAACCACAACGAUAUCCCCGGAUCUGAAACCAGUUGGACAAUAAGAAACACUGGGAGGGACCACUGGUGUGGGUGUAAUGGACCCGAGUGGUGGAAUAUUAAAAUCUAAUAAAAAUGUUGCUUAAAACAAAUAAAUAUUAAGAACCCAAUGUAGUGAGAGCAGCUGUCCAAAAUAAGGGAAGAUGAUUAUGCUUGUGCGCACUUUAUUACAAUAGACAUUAAACCGUCCAGUUGUCAAUACUAAAAAUACCAAUUGGUAACCAAUAUUAUGGUGAGGGUACAGCCGCGACAGGCGUAGUGGGUCAGCGUCCUGGCUCCACCCACUUCCACGGCGUCCUCCUGCACACAGCAUCAAAACGGAGGCAGGCCACGGGGAUAAAAUCUUCUAAAAACUACGGAGACGCUCUCCGGGCUAACGCCACACUUACACGCAAGGCAGGGCCCUGCCCCUGCUGUAGUUUUGCGUCAAAGUAUUGGGUACGCCCACUCUCCUUGCCAGUCGCCGGUCACUCGCGGGACCUACGUGGCUGUAUCCGUCCCGUCUUGCUCCGCCUCUUGGUCACUCCCGGGGGUCGCCGCAGGUCUCUGGGUCCCAAUCGCCCCCUAUUCACAGAACCACACAGCCAGCGUACUAUGCACGAGCCCGCAAGCCCACAGCCCAAGGCAGUUGGUUGCCCCCACAGAUCCACAACACACGUCACUUAUUUCGGAGGCAGAGUUUCCUCUGCCCCUGCGUGUUGUAGGCUUCUUGGGGUUCGCUCCGGUAGCCUGCGGGGUCUGCUGUGUAGUCCGGGGGUUCCUUCCCAGCCUGCGUGCGUCCACCCGGUCGCUCUUGGCAAAGCCUGUCGAUUCUUCCCUGAUCGCUCUGCUGAAGCCUGUUGGAUGCUUCCCUUUUAAAUGUGUGCAGUCCUAAUGCUCCACAGGUGCGUCUGAUCUCAGGUGCCGUUUGAUUGGGCACUUCGGUUGUUAGGGGCAACAAGCUAAAAAGGGGCAACGUCUUACAAUACCAGCAAAGUCCACAAGGAGUAAAAACAUGCAAUUAAAAAGACAAUCAAAUUCUAAAAUGUAAAAACAUGCAAUUAAAAAUACAAUCAAAUUCUAAAGUGUAAAAACAUGCAAUUAAAAUCCACAGCAAUAAAAAACUAUAAGACAUGCAUGGCAAUGAAACAACAACAAAAAAAAUCCCCUACUUGUGUCCCAUCACAUGGGGACCCCCCCGUUCAACUUCUUUAGUUAUGUUUGUGGUGUUGCUCAAGGUUCCAUUUUAGGUCUUCUAUUUUUCCUCAUUUGGGCUAUUCAACUAGUGAAAAAAGAUGAUCAAAGACUAGCUUCUUUACAAAAGGUCUUUAAAAACAGCAGAACGCUCUUGUAACUCUGACAAAAAUAAAUAGACAAAAUUCAAAUAUCUACUGUAGAGGACGCUGGUUCUACAGAAUACACAAAACAAUUUAGUGGAAUAUUCCUGCUCUUGGGGCAUGAUUAUAGCAAUUAUAAAGUCAAGUUAGCAUCAUAUGGGACUUUAAAGCCUUGCAGUGAUGUCAAUGUCCGAUUUGGGCCAUUAAAAUACUGAUUCAAAAAAGGA